AUGAGUCUAGCACUUAAUGAUCUGCUUAUUUGCUGCCGUCAACUAGAAAAUGAUAGAGCUACAGAACGAAGGAAAGAAAUUGAGAAAUUUAAGCGUCUGAUUCGGGAUCCUGAAACAGUUCAGCAUUUAGAUCGUCAUUCAGAUUCCAAGCAAGGAAAAUUUUUGAACUGGGAUGCUGUUUUUAGAUUUCUACAGAAAUAUAUUCAGAAAGAAACAGAAUGUCUGAGGAUAGCAAAACCAAAUGUAUCAGCUUCAACACAAUCCUCCAGGCAAAAAAAGAUGCAAGAAAUCAGUAGCUUGGUCAAAUACUUCAUCAAAUGUGCAAAUAAAAGAGCACCCAGGCUAAAAUGUCAAGAACUCUUAAAUUACAUCACGGAUACAGUGAAAGAUUCGUCUAAUCGUGCCAUUUAUGGAGCUGACUGUAGCAACAUACUGCUCAAAGACAUUCUUUCAGUGAGAAAAUACUGGUGUGAAAUAUCUCAGCAACAGUGGCUAGAAUUGUUGUCUGUGUACUUCAGGCUGUAUCUCAAACCUCCACAAGACAUUAAUAGAGUUUUAGUAGCGAGAAUAAUUUACACUGUGACCAAAGGAUGCUGUUCACAAACUGAUGGAUUAAAUCCUACAUUUUUGGAUUAUUUUUCCAAGGCUAUUCAGUGUGCAAGACAAGAAAAGAGCUCUGCAGGUCUAAAUCAUAUCUUAGCAGCACUUAAUACAUUCUUCAAGAUUUUGGCUGUCAACUUUCGAGUUCGAGUGUGUAAAUUAGGAGAUGAAAUUCUUCCUACCUUGCUUUAUAUUUGGACUCAACAUAGACUUAAUGACUCCUUAAAAGAAGUGAUUAUUGAAUUAUUUCAACUACAGAUUUACAUUCAUCACCCAAAGGGAGCCAAAACCCAAGAAAAAGGUGCUUAUGAAUCAACAAAAUGGAACAGUAUCUUAUACAGUUUAUAUGAUCUGCUAGUGAAUGAGAUAAGUCAUAUAGGAAGUAGAGGAAAAUAUUCUUCAGGGUUUCGUAAUAUUGCUGUUAAGGAAAACUUGAUUGAGUUGAUGGCAGAUAUUUGUCACCAGGUUUUUAAUGAAAAUACUAGAUCUUUGGAGAUUUCUCAGUCUUAUACCACUACACAAAGAGAAUUUAGUGAUUACAGUUUACCUUGCAAAAGGAAGAGAAUAGAAUUAGGCUGGGAAGUAAUUAAAGAUCAUCUUCAGAAAUCACAGAAUGAUUUUGAUCUUGUGCCUUGGUUACAGAUUACAGCCCAAUUAAUAUCAAAGUAUCCUGCAAGUUUACCUAGCUGUGAGCUAUCACCGUUACUGACAAUACUAUCCCAACUUUUACUUCAACAACGACGUGGGGAACGCACGCCAUACGUGUUACGAUGCCUUAUGGAAGUUGCAUUGUGUGAAGGCAAGAAUUCAAACCUAGAGAGCUCACAAAAGUCAGAUUUAUUGAAACUCUGGAUUAAAAUUUGGUCUGUUACCUUUCGUGGUAUAAGUUCUGAACAAAUACAGGCUGAAAACUUUGCUUUACUUGGAGCCAUAAUUCAAGGCAGUUUAGUUGAGGUUGAUAGAGAAUUCUGGAAGUUAUUUACUGGGUCAGCCUGCAGACCUUCAUGUCCUGCAGUGUGCUGUUUGACAGUGGCACUGACCGUAUGUGUAAUUCCAGAAACAGCAAAAACAGGAGUAGAGCAGAAUAUAUAUGAAAUAAAUAGAAGUUUUUCAUUAAGGGAAUUAAUAAUGAAAUGGCUCUUAUUCUAUCAGUUAGAGGAUGACUUAGAGGACAGUACAGAGCUGCCUCCAGUUCUUCACAGUAAGUUUCCUCAUCUUUCGGUGGAAAAAAUUCUUGUGAGUCUCACUGUGAAAAACUGUAAAGCUGCUAUGAAUUUUUUCCAGAGUGUGCCAGAAUGUGAGCAACAGCAGAAAGGUAAAGAAGAGCCUUCAUUCUCAGAAGUAGAAGAACUAUUUCUUCAGACAACUUUUGACAAGAUGGAUUUUUUAACCAUUGUGGAAGAAUGUACUACAGAAAAGCACCAAUCUAGUAUUGGGUUUUCUGUCCAUCAAAAUCUCAAGGAAUCACUGGAUCGCUAUCUUCUGGCUUUGUCAGAACAGCUUCUAAAUAAUCACUCAUCUGAGACUACAAAUUCGGAAAUGUUUGUCCGGUGUUCAAGUCUUUUGGUGGGUGUUCUUGGAUGCUAUUGUUACAUGGGUAUAAUAGCUGAAGAAGAAGCACAUAAAACAGAGUUAUUCCAGAAAGCGAAGUCCCUAAUGCAAUGCGCAGGAGAAAGUAUCACUGUUUUUAAAAAUAAGACAAAUGAGGAGUCUAGUAUUGGUUCAUUGAGAAAUAUGAUACUUCUCUGUACAAGUUGCUUAUGCAGCUGUACCAAGCACAAUCCAAACAAGAUUGUAUCUGGCUUUUUUCUGCGAUUGUUAACAUCAAAGCUAAUGAAUGACAUUGCAGAUAUUUGUAAAAGUUUAGCAUCUUUUAACAGAAAGCCAUUUGAUUAUGGAGAAGUAGAAUCAAUGGAAGAUGAUACUGAUGAAAAUAUGGAGGUGCAUGAUCAGUCACCCAUGAAUCUAUUUGAUGAUUACCCUGCCUGUAGUGUUAGUGAUGCAAAUGAAUCCGGAGAGAGCCAGAAUAUUGUUGGUGCCAUGAACCCUUUAGCAGAAGAAUAUCUGUCAAAACAAGAUCUACUUACUUUAGACAUGCUCAAGUUCUUGUGUAUGUGUGUAACUACUGCCCAGACCAAUACAGUAUCAUUUAAAGCAGCUGAUAUUCGGAGGAAACUGUUAAUGUUAAUUGAUUCUAGUAUGCUAGAUCUUACCAAAUCCCUUCAUCUGCACAUGUAUCUAGUGCUUUUAAAGGAGCUUCCAGGAGAAGACUGUCACUUGCCAGUGGAAGAUGUUGUUGAACUUCUGAAACCUCUAUCCAAUGUGUGUUCUUUGUAUCGCCGUGACCAAGAUGUUUGUAAAACAAUUUUAAACCAUGUCCUUCAUAUAGUAACAAACCUAAGCCAAAGCAGUAUGGAUAAUGAGAACACAAGAGAUGCUCAAGGACAGUUUCUAACAGUGAUUGGAGCAUUUUGGCACUUAGCAAAGGAGGGAAAGUGCACAUCUUCUGUAAGAAUAGCACUAAUAAAAUGCCUUAAGACUCUGCUUGAGGCUGAUCCUUAUUCAAAAUGGGCUAUUCUUAAUGUAAUGGGAGAAGACUUUUCUGUAAAUGAAGUAUUUCCACAAUUUCUUGCUGAUAAUCAUCACCAAGUUCGAAUGUUGGCUGCAGAAUCAAUCAGUAGAUUAUUCCAGGAUAUGAAACAAGGAGAUUGUCCCCGAUUAUUGAAAGCACUUCCUUUGAAGCUGCAGCAAACAGCUUUUGACAAUGCAUACUUAAAAGCUCAGGAAGGAAUGAGAGAAGUGUCCUACAAUACUGAGAACCCUGAACUUUCUGAUGAACUUUAUAAUAGAAAAGCUGUUUUACUGAUGGUGAUAGCUAUGGUUUUACGCUGUAGCCCAGUCUGUGAAAAACAGGCUUUAUUUGCCCUAUGCAAAUCUGUGAAAGAGAAUGGAUUAGAACCUCACCUAAUUAAAAAGGUUUUAGAAAAAGUGUCUGAAAUUUUUGGAUAUAGACAUCUAGAAGAUUUCAUGACUUCUCAUUUAGAUUAUCUAGUGUUGGAGUGGCUAAAUCAUCAAAAUACUGAAUGCAGUUUAUCUUCUUUUCCUUUUGUUCUGUUAAACUACACAAACGUUGAAGAUUUCUACAGAUCUUGUUAUAAGGUUUUGAUCCCACAUCUGGUGAUUAGAAGUCAUUUUGAUGAGGUCAAGUCCAUUGCUAAUCAGAUUGAAGAGGACUGGAAAAGUCUUCUAACAGACUGCUUUCCAAAGAUUCUUGUAAAUAUUCUUCCUUAUUUUGCCUAUGAGGAUACUGUAGACAGUGGGAUGUCACAGCAAAGAGAGACUGCUGCCAAAGUCUAUGAUAUGCUCAAAGAUGAAAACUUGUUAGGAAAACAGAUUGAUCAUUUAUUCAUUAGUAAUUUACCUGAGAUUGUGGUAGAAUUAUUGAUGACAUUACAUGAACCGGCAAAUUCUGGUGUAAGCCAAAGCACUGACCUCUGUGACUUCUCAGGGGCUUUGGAUCCUGCUCCCAAUCCGCCUCAUUUUCCAUCACAUGUGAUUAAAGCAACAUUUGCCUACAUUAGCAAUUGCCAUAAAACCAAGUUUAAAAGCAUUUUAGAAAUUCUUUCCAAAAGCCCGGAUUCCUACCAAAAAAUUCUUCUAGCCAUAUGUGAGCAAGCAGCUGAGACAAAUAAUGUGUAUAAAAAAAAUAGAAUUCUUAAAAUAUAUCACCUGUUUGUUGGUUUAUUACUGAAGGAUAUAAAGAGUGGCUUAGGAGGAGCUUGGGCCUUUGUUCUUCGAGAUGUGAUUUAUACUCUAAUUCACUAUAUCAACAAAAGAUUAGUAUUGGACUUGUUGAAAUACCUAGUGAUGGAUAACAAGGAUAAUGAAAACCUCUAUCUAACAAUUAAACUUUUAGAUCCUUUUCCUGACCGUGUUGUUUUUAAGGAUUUGCGUAUAACUCAGCAGAAAAUCAAGUACAGUAGAGGACCUUUCUCACUCUUGGAGGAAAUUAACCAUUUUCUUUCUGUAAGUGUUUAUGAUGCACUUCCAUUGACAAGGCUUGAAGGAUUGAAGGAUCUUCGAAGACAACUGGAACAACAUAAAGAUCAGAUGAAGGAUUUUAUGAGAGCUUCUCAAGAAAACCCACAAGAUGGCAUUUUGGUGAAGCUAGUUGUGAGCUUGUUGCAGCUGUCCAAAAUGGCAGUAAACCACCCUGGUGAAAGGGAAGUUUUAGAGGCUGUUGGAAGCUGCUUAGGAGAAUUGGGUCCUAUAGAUUUCUCUACCAUAGCUAUACAACAUAGUAAAGAUACGUCAUAUAGUAAGGCCCUUGAGUUAUUUGAAGAUCAAGAACUUUGGUGGAUUUUCAUAAUGCUGACCCACCUGAAUAAUUCACUGGUAGAAGAUUGUGUCAAAAUACGAUCUGCUGCUGUUACCUGUUUGAAAAGCAUUUUAGCUACAAAGACUGGACAUAGUUUCUGGGAGAUUUAUAAAACAACUACUGAUCCCAUGCUCGCCUAUCUACAGCCUUUUAGAACAUCGAGAAAAAAGUUUUUAGAAGUAUGCAGACUUGACAACGAAAAUCCUUUAGAAGACCUAGAUAAUACAACUUUGUGGAUUCCUCAAAGUGAAAAUCAUGAUGUUUGGAUAAAAACACUGACAUGUGCCUUUUUGGAUAGUGGAGGCAUAAAAAGUGAAGUUCUUCAAUUAUUAAAGCCAAUGUGCGAAGUGAAAACUGACUUUUGUCAGACUGUGCUUCCAUACUUGAUUCAUGAUAUUUUGCUGCAAGAUACAAAUGAAUCAUGGAGAAACCUGCUUUCUACACAUAUUCAGGGAUUUUUCACUAACUGCUUCAGACAUUCCUCACAAACUAGCCGAUCUACAACCCCUGCAAAUUUGGAUUCAGAGUCAGAAUACUUUUCUCGAGGCUGUUUGGAUAAAAAAUCACAACGAACAAUGCUUGCUGUUGUGGACUACCUGAGAAGACAAAAGAGACCUUCUUCAGGAACAGUUUUUGAUGAUGCUUUCUGGCUGGAUUUGAAUUAUCUGGAGGUUGCCAAAGUAGCUCAGUCUUGUGCUGCUCACUUCACAGCAUUGCUUUAUGCAGAAAUCUAUGCAGACCGGAAAAACAUGGGUGAUCAAGAGAAAAGGAGUAUGACAUUUGAAGAAGGAAGCCAGAGUACAACUAUUUCUAGUUUGAGUGAAAAAAGUAAAGAAGAAACUGGAAUAAGUUUACAGGAUCUUCUCUUAGAAAUCUAUAGAAGCAUAGGAGAGCCGGAUAGCCUGUAUGGUUGUGGUGGAGGGAAAAUGUUACAACCGCUUACUAGAAUACGAACAUAUGAACAUGAAGCAAUGUGGGGGAAAGCCCUAGUAACAUACGACCUUGAGACAGCAAUCACUUCUUCCACCCGCCAAGCAGGAAUAAUUCAGGCCUUGCAGAAUUUGGGACUCUGCCAUGUUCUUUCCACCUAUUUAAAAGGAUUAGAUCAUGAAAACAAAGAGUGGUGUGAUGAACUACAGGAACUUCAUUACCAAGCAGCAUGGAGGAAUAUGCAGUGGGACCACUGCAAUUCUGUCAACAAAAGAAUAGAAAGAACCAGUUACCACGAAUCAUUGUAUAAUGCUCUGCAAUCUCUAAGAGACAGAGAGUUUUCCACGUUUUAUGAAAGUCUCAAAUAUGCCAGAGUAAAAGAAGUAGAAGAAUUGUGUAAGGGCAGCUUUGAGUCUGUGUAUUCACUCUACCCUGCCCUUAGCAGAUUGCAAGCCAUUGGAGAGCUGGAAAACAUUGGGGAGCUUUUCUCAAGAUCAAUCACGGAUAGGCAACUCUCUGAAGUAUAUGUUAAAUGGCAGAAACACUCCCAGCUUCUCAAGGAUAGUGAUUUUAGUUUUCAGGAGCCUAUCAUGGCUCUGCGCACAGUCAUUUUGGAGAUGCUGAUGGAAAAGGAAAUGGAAAACUCUCAAAGAGAAUUUUUUAAAGAUAUUCUCACCAAGCACCUUGUAGAACUCUCUGUACUGGCCCGAACUUUCAAGAACACUCAGCUCCCUGAAAGGGCAAUAUUUCAAAUUAAACAGUAUACUUCAUCUAGCUGUGGAGUCUCUGAGUGGCAGCUGGAGGAAGCACAAGUAUUCUGGGCGAAAAAGGAACAGAGUCUUGCCCUGAGUAUUCUCAAGCAAAUGAUCAAGAAGUUGGAUGCCAGUUGUACUGAGAAUGAAACCACCCUAAAACUGCUGUACACAGAAUGUUUGAGGGUUUGUGGUAAUUGGUUAGCAGAAACUUGCUUAGAAAACCCUGCAGUCAUCAUGCAGACUUACCUAGAAAAGGCAGUACAAGUUAUUGGAAGUUAUGAUGGAGGAAACAGUGAUGAACUCAGAAAUGGAAAAAUGAAGGCAUUUCUCUCAUUAGCACGUUUCUCAGAUACUCAGUACCAGAGAAUUGAAAAUUACAUGAAAUCAUCAGAAUUUGAAAACAAGCAGGCUCUUCUGAAAAGGGCCAAAGAGGAAGUAGGCCUCCUUAGGGAACAUAAAAUUCAAACCAACAGAUACACAGUAAAAGUUCAGCGAGAGCUGGAGCUUGAUGAAUGUGCACUCCAUGCACUGAAAGAGGAUCGUAAACGUUUCUUGUGUAAAGCAGUUGAAAAUUACAUCAGCUGCUUAUUAAGUGGAGAGGAGCAUGAUAUGUGGGUAUUCCGACUUUGUUCCCUCUGGCUUGAAAAUGCUGGCGUUUCUGAAGUCAAUGCCAUGAUGAAGAGAGUUGGAAUGAAGAUUCCGUCAUAUAAAUUUUUGCCUCUUAUGUAUCAGUUAGCUGCUAGAAUGGGAACCAAGAUGAUGGGCGGCCUAGGAUUUCAUGAAGUCCUCAACAAUCUCAUCUCUAGAAUUUCAAUGGACCACCCCCAUCAUACUUUGUUUAUUAUAUUGGCCUUAGCAAAUGCAAAUAAAGAUGAAUUUCUGACCAAACCAGAGGCAGCAAGAAGGAGUAGAAUAACAAAAAAUGCACCCAGACAAAGCUCUCAACUUGAUGAGGAUCGAACUGAAGCUGCAAACAAAAUAAUAUGUACUAUCAAAAGUAGGAGACCUCAGAUGGUCAGAAAUGUUGAGGCACUUUGUGAUGCUUAUAUUCUGUUAGCAAACUUAGAUGCUACUCAGUGGAAGACUCAGAGAAAAGGCAUAAAUAUUCCGGCAGACCAGCCAAUUACUAAACUGAAGAAUUUAGAAGAUGUUAUUGUCCCUACUAUGGAUAUUAAGGUAAUUGACUUUGAAAUAAAAAUAGGCAAAAUUCAUGAGCAAGAUAAGUUAGCAGUAAUCUUGAUGGUGGUUCCCCUAUCUCAGAGAAGUGGUGUUCUUGAGUGGUGCACAGGAACUGUCCCCAUUGGUGAAUUUCUUGUUAAUAAUGAAGAUGGAGCUCAUAAAAGAUACAGGCCAGAGGAUUUCAGUGCAUAUCAGUGCCAAAAGAAAAUGAUGGAUGUGCAAAAGAAGUCUUUUGAAGAGAAAUACGAAACCUUCAUGGGUAUCUGCCAAAAUUUUCAGCCAGUUUUCCGUUACUUCUGCAUGGAAAAAUUCUUGGACCCAGCUGUUUGGUUUGAGAAACGACUGGCUUAUACUCGCAGUGUGGCUACUUCUUCUAUUGUUGGUUAUAUACUUGGACUUGGUGAUAGACAUGUACAGAAUAUCUUGAUAAAUGAACAGUCAGCAGAACUUGUACAUAUAGAUUUAGGGGUUGCUUUUGAACAGGGUAAAAUUCUUCCUACUCCUGAAACAGUUCCUUUUAGACUCACCAGAGAUAUUGUGGAUGGGAUGGGAAUCACUGGUGUUGAAGGUGUCUUCAGAAGAUGCUGUGAGAAGACUAUGCAGGUCAUGAGAAACUCUCAAGAAACCCUGUUAACCAUUGUAGAGGUCCUCCUGUAUGAUCCUCUCUUUGACUGGACCAUGAAUCCUUUGAAAGCUUUGUAUUUACAGCAGAGACCAGAAGAUGAAACUGAACUCAACUCCACUCUGAAUGCAGAUGACCAAGAAUGCAAACGAAAUCUCAGUGAUUUCAACCAGAGUUUCAACAAAGUAGCUGAACGUGUCUUGAUGAGACUGCAGGAGAAGCUGAAAGGAGUGGAGGAAGGCACUGUGCUCAGUGUGGGUGGACAGGUGAAUUUGCUCAUACAACAGGCCAUGGACCCUAAAAAUCUCAGCCGACUUUUCCCAGGAUGGAAAGCAUGGGUGUGA